AUGGCGAGCCGUGUAUUAGCUAUUUUCCUCGUUCAAGCCGUUGUUUUUCAGGCUAUAUUCGCCCAAAACAUAAACAGAAUCAUACCAUUGGAAGCUUUGCUAUCAAACCCGCUUUUACUCAACCAACUAGCCCCUAGCAUCGUUCCUAUUGCCCCUAGCGUCGUUCCUGUAGCUCCUAGCGUCGUUGCUUGCGAGCAGCCAAUAGUAGAAACCGUCGUGUCAACACCUGUAGCUGUUCCUACUACUACAAUUAUUCAAGAUAGUACAGUAGCCAACAAUUUAGCUAACGCAUUGCAGUUACUCAUUGUUAGUAAUUUACUAAGUAACACUUUACCUGCUAAACCCGAUGUGGUGAUCCCUGCUUGUGCAUCUCCAGUGGAUUUGAUAUCUCCUGUAGUUGGUGGUAUUAACUAUGUUUAUUAA